ACGACUCUUUGAAGACACUUAGCGAGACACGUUACAACAUUUUUAUUCCAUUUGGGAUAAAUAUUUAAAAAAAUCUUGAAUUGAAUCGAAUAAACUUCUUUUUUAAUAAUUUUGUGUUUAGUUGUUGGUUACCUAAACCAGCUCAGAGCCCCGCUCAUCACCGCCUCUGAACUGUUCAUCGUAUCCAGCAUCAUCCGCACGCGGCGUCCCUCUCGCACACCUGAGAGGAGAGGAAGAGCGCGCGGAGUAUGCUGCCACGUGCCGCGCGUCUCGCGCUCAGCCAGUUUCUGCCUUGGACAGUAAAAGAAGCGGCGCGCGAGCUCACGCGGCAGCAGGCGAAGUUUCGUUACAACCCGCGAUGAAGUGGACGGACUGACCGCAAACACAGCACGACAUACAGAAGGAGAAGGGAACGUGUUGCUUGUUUCCCCCCCCCCCCCAACGAAUCUGCUUUACGAAGCUCCGCUCUGAGGCUGCGGCAUGAGCCUAUGCGGCAGGAAGGCGCUGACGCUGCUGAGCAGCGUGUUCGCCGUCUGCGGCCUCGGCCUGCUGGGGAUCGCCGUGAGCACCGACUACUGGCUCUACCUGGAGGAGGGCGUCAUCCUCCCACUCAACCAGAGCACCGAGAUGCGCAUGUCGCUUCACUCUGGCCUCUGGAGGGUUUGCUUCCUCGCUGGCGAAGAGAAAGGCCGGUGUUUUACCAUUGAGUAUGUGAUGCCCACUAAUGUCCAGAUAACGUCUGAGUCCACCGUCAGUGUGCUCAAGAUGAUCCGCUCUGCUACACCGUUUCCUCUGGUCAGCCUCUUCUUCAUGUUCAUCGGCUUCGUGCUCAGCAACAUCGGCCAUAUCCGCCCACAUCGCACUAUCCUGGCUUUUGUUUCCGGAAUCUUCUUCAUCCUCUCAGGUCUGUCUCUGGUUGUCGGUCUGGUUCUGUACAUCUCCAACAUCAAUGAUGAAAUGUUGAACAGGACGAAAACUAGCGAGGCUUACUUCAGCUACAAGUACGGCUGGUCUUUUGCGUUCGCCGCCAUCUCCUUCCUGCUGACAGAGACGGCGGGCGUCAUGUCGGUGUACCUGUUCAUGAAGCGAUACACGGCGGAGGAAAUGUACCGGCCCCAUCAGGGCUUCUACCGGCCCCGCCUCAGCAACUGCUCAGACUACUCCGGCCAGUUCCUCCACCCGGACGCCUGGGCGGGGCGUGGCCGCAGCGCCUCCUCCAUCUCCUCCGAGGCCUCCCUGCAGAUGAACUCCUCCAACUAUCCCGCCCUCCUCAAAUGUCCAGAGUACGAACAAAUGUCCUCCUCACCCUGCUGAGGCGCCAGACCCACAUCACCGCUCCACGCCAACACCGAUGGGGGGUGUGGGGGUUUAUUUUAUUUUUUUCUGCCCACGCUUUGGCAUUUAGUUGUCAAAUAAUUUGAUAUCAUCCAUUUUGAAAUCCUUGCUUUGGAUGCUUGUAACAUUUCCCUUUGCUCUCUCAACUGCUCCGUUCGUAGCUUUGAGUUUGGGGCUUGAAAGAAGCAAAGCAUGAGGCUACUCUAUGUGCUUCGGAUGAAAGAGGAAGGUUCAACUCCCGCUCUGUUAUUUAAUGACUCAUGCAGACUUUGCAUGUUACACAUGCACAAAAAAAAAAUCCAAACAUAUGGCUAGGAAGUUUACAUAGAAAGCAUUAACCAAUCGGUCUUGUUGCCGACUUUAAGGAAACUUUCUCAGGAAAGUUUAUUUAAUUUAAAAAAAAAAAAAAGCUAUAUCAUAAAAUUUCUUUACAAGCUGCAGUUUACUGCUGCAAAUGUGUCACGCAGAUUAUUUUUCGAGCAUGUUUACAUUAUGUUCAGAACCACAUUGUAGAACAAACGCUUUGAAUGGCACAACUCUGCGGAGAUCCUCUCACACCACGUAAAAUCAGCUUUAUUAUAUAAAACUCCCUUUUUUACAAGCAAGUAGUUUUACGGGCAUUACAUGAUGGGAGUGAUUAUGAAAAGUGGUGACUGAUAUUUAUGUAAUUAUUGUCUAAUAUCCAUUCUCAGAGUAUUUCACUGUACAUUCUCAUGUUUGACAAACCUUCGGUCAACUUCCAGAAAUAGAAACGUUUUUAACCUCACUGCACUGGCAUUGAGAGGAAACUAUGGGUUUUGCAUUUUAAACGACUCGUGUAAAGGUGUAUUAAAGCUGUUAUUUGAAUUCGUGAAUGACUGUUUCAAUUUAGGCAUACUUAUGUGUACUUGCAAAGCUAAUAUAUAUAUAUAUAUAUACUGUAUAUAUGUAUAUGUAUAGCUUUUACCUUGCUUUCUCGACUUAUGGUGCAAAAAUGCACAGUAGCUUUACUUUGUGAACCAGAAAAUGUGUUCUUAGCCCAGCAAAUUGGUACAGAAGGUGAAGUGAGGUAACAUUUCUAAAGAAAGCAAGUAAUCUGUUGAUUGUGGUCAUCAAGUCAAAUGGAUUUGUAGAUGUAGAGUGUGAUAAGACCAGAGGGAAUGUGUGGUUAUUCAUGUUUGAAGUGGAAUGUGAUUGGGUCAGGUGGAGUUAAGAACUAUUUUCAUAUAAAAUUGUCGUGAAUGUAAAAUGUGCCGAAAGAAAACACUGCUAAAAGAGAUUUCCUGCUUCGAAUACCUCCCCAGACGGGAUAGUAUGCAGUAUUAACCAAAUUACAGAGACAUAUUUUUAUAACGGAUCACCUUGUAACAUCAUGCCUACAUGUGUGGAUUUAAUGCAGCAGCAAGCGUUCACUGGACACAUAUAUUUAGUCUCGUGCAAUCAUUUUGCGUCAGUUCGGUAUUUUUAUUGAAAUUAUUGUUACUAUAUAAUGUUGCAUGGUGUGAACGCCACGUGAAAUUACUGGUUUGUAGCAUUCAGUCGCUGAAACGCGACACAUUCAGUGCAUCACAAACCGCGCCGAGUUCAACUCUCGCUCUCGAGCACCGUUCUGGUAGGCUGAGCUGUAAACAAAAC